CGCAAGCGAGGACAUAUCGAUAUAUAACAUAUAGUGGGACACGGCCGUAGAGGAUUCGAGAUUGCAAGAAAAAAGUUAUCAGAUCGACACUGCGCAAAGAUGAAGGCCGCGGGAUUGUUUGCGGUGACGGCAUGGUUGAGCGGCUUGGCGGCUGCUCUGCCUUCUGUUCUUAGCAGCAGCAACAGCAACGUCAACGACAACAAGUUGAAGUACUACUUCCCUCGACAGUCGGUGCCUCAGUAUGCAUCGUCGUUUGAUCCCAAUGGCAACAGCGUGCUCGCCGUCUACUAUGGCAAAGCGCAGUACACGCAGAACCCGUUGCUGUGGGACCUCUGCAGCGACAGCGAUGUUGACAUGAUCGUCAUGGGUUUCGUGCGCCAACUCAAUGGCCCUUACGUUCAGCCUUCGUUUGACAUUGGAGCUUGCAAGACGCCUUCUCAGCGCGCGGCAAACUAUACCGGCAUCACUUGCCCUACUCUGGCGGCCAACAUUACCAGAUGUCAGAGCAUGGGCAAGAAGGUCAUGAUCAGUCUGGGUGGCUCGAGCAGCAACUUGGUCUUGAGCAAUGUCAGCGAUGCUCAGCAGGCUGCUACCAUCCUCUGGAACGUCUUUGGCGCUGGCACUGCUUCGCCCAACCUGAGGCCCUUUGGCAAUGUCACCCUUGACGGUUUCGACUUUGACCUCGAAGGCGGCGCCGACACCUCAUACACCGACGUCCUCUCCGCCUCCCUCCAGAACCUCUUCACCACCGCCAGCCCCGCCCGCUACAUCUCCGCCUCCCCUCUCUGCGCAAAUAACACCGUAAUGCCAUACGACUUUUACAAAAACGCAAACUUCAUCUGGCCGCGUUUCUAUAAUGCAAACGCCUGCAAAGCCGGUGGUAAAGGCUACAACAAGUCCGUGACAGCAUGGUCCAAUUUCCUCACUGGAAUUAGCUCCAAUGUCGGUGUCAAUUUGCCUCGCUUUUACAUUGGCGCUCUCAGUUUUGAGAACUACAACAGUGGUGGUGGAUACAUGGCGCCAGACGCUUUUGGUGACCUCGUCGAGUAUACCAAAGAUCGCGUCGGCAAGGCUAGAUUCGGCGGUGUCACCUUUUGGCAAGGCACAGAUGCUUUUGGCUCAAAGUCAGCCGAUGGCAGAGACAUCAUGAAUGUCACAAAGGAAGCACUUCUCGAACCUUUUACCAGCGACGCCUGUGGUACGUUGGAUACGCGUGUUUUGGCUGCACCAAAGUUGAUUCGCCGCCAGAUUAGUUACUUGAUCGGAAAAAGAGCCGUUUGCAAGUGAGGAGCCAAGGGGACAGUACAAUAUAUUAUGAUUAUGAUGGACGACAACCUGG